GAUAAGAAGAAGAACUAAAAUCUAACAUUAUUCUUUGGUGGUCUUCACAAUUUACAUUGCUCUUUGACUUUUUACAAAUAGAAAUUAAAUAAUUAGUAAGGGAAAUGGCCCAAAUUGGAGAACCACUUACUCUUUCCAGAGACAUAAAGCGGUCAAUAGAGUUGCUAGAAAAGCUACAAAAAAGUGGCGAAGUGCCUGCUACAAAGCUUGUAGCCCUGCAAAAAGUCUUGCAGAGUGAUUUUUUAAACGCAGUGCGAGAAGUAUAUGAACACGUUUAUGAAACUGUUGAUAUACAAGGUUCACAAGAUGUCAGAGCAUCAGCAACUGCUAAAGCCACAGUGGCAGCAUUUGCAGCAAGUGAAGGUCAUGCUCAUCCAAGGGUUGUGGAACUACCCAAGACAGAGGAGGGUCUUGGUUUUAAUGUUAUGGGUGGUAAAGAACAGAAUUCUCCAAUCUAUAUAUCUAGGAUAAUUCCGGGAGGGGUUGCCGAUAGACAUGGUGGAUUGAAACGUGGAGAUCAGUUACUAAGUGUUAAUGGUGUUUCUGUUGAAGGUGAAAAUCACGAGAAAGCUGUAGAACUAUUAAAACAAGCCCAUGGAUCUGUAAAGUUAGUUGUCAGAUACACUCCUAAAGUGCUGGAAGAAAUGGAACUCCGUUUUGAUAAACAAAGGGCUAGAAGGAGACAGCAAUAUAGUAAUUAAACUCUUAUCUAUGUAUUUGUUGGUAGUACCAUAUUAAUUAAGGUACAUGUAUGGUGUGGUAGCUGACUAUAACUGUAGAACCUAAAAAUAUUGUUUUUAAUAAAAAUGUUUAUAUUCACUUUUAAUGUAAUGUAUGUGAAUCUGUUUCCACUUUUAGCAUUAUCGGUAGUAGAUAGCAGCUUAUUUUUUACAUCCGUAUAGCAUUUCAGCAUUCUAAUUUCAUUUAAUGCUGUUUUUUCAUGAACUUUUACCUUACUACAGGUAUUAACAAGAUUUGCUUAGAUUUAGUAAAGCCUUUAUUGAUUUCAUCUAUAGGCAGGGAAUUUACAAUAGUUAAAAAUGGAAGAAAUUAUGUAACAUAUUAGUAUAAUUCAGCUUUUAGCGUCCUUCAGAAAUAAUAUGGAAAAACUUUUUUGAAAUGUAAUAUAUUGACUUGACUUUGCUUCAAAAAGAUGGAAAUGGUCCAUUUGGAGUAAGGUGCGGCAACUUUUUUGUGA